AUGCUGAUUCCGUGCCUCGUUGACCUUGAGCGUAUCCCAGAGCUGUGUCUGUGGCACACAAAGAACAGGGUAACCCUUGUGCCGUGCAGCAGCAGCAUGGAAAUCAAUGACUGCAAGCAGUUUGUAGGCUUCAUUGCGCAUAGCAAUAACAUGCUUUACUUCAUUAACCAAGCAAACAUUGAUCCCAUGUACCAAAAGGACUUCGUGAUGAGCAUGGGAGCGCUUGCAAACUUCAAGGCAUUAGGCCUCAUUAUACGCCUUUACUUCUAUGACACGCUUCACCCCCUAGACCUGCUGUUUGAAUCUGAUGAAGACCAUGCACUGACUCUGGAGCUCCUCGAGAACUAUCGGUCACAAGAGGACACAUAA